AUGGCCUCACGGAAGGACCCAGACAAGAGCUGGGAGGAGAAGCAGCACCCAGAGAUCAAGUUGGAGCAGCCAAAGUUCAGCCUGAAGGGAGAGGAGGAGGAAGAGGAAAAAGAGGACAAGAUGGAGGAUGAUGCUGUGAAGAAUGAUGACUAUGAAGAGGAGGAUAAUGAUGAUGAUGAAGGUGACCAGGAUGAGGGGGAGGAAUGUAUGGAGGAGGAUGAAGUCAGAGCAGGUCCCUCCGUGUCACCGAAACAGCUGAAUCAGUGCCUUGAGUGUGGGCAGAGCUUCCCACCUGGCUCAGAGCCAGUGAAGCACCACUGCCCACAGCCUGGCUCCCGGCCCUUCGUCUGUGGUGACUGUGGCAAGAGGUUCAGCUGGAACUCAAACCUCAUCCGGCACCGCCGCACCCACACUGGCUGUGGCAAGCGCUUCAGGCACAUGGCUCAUCUUAGGCAACACCACCUCACCCACACCAGUGAGAAGGCCUUCACCUGCAGAGACUGCGGCAAGAGCUUCAAACACAGCUCCACUCUCACCAUCCAUCGCCGCAUCCACACCGGAGAGAAGCUGUUCCCCUGUGCUGAGUGCGGCAAGAGCUUCACCACGAGCACUCGACUCAUCCGGCACCAACUCAUCCACAGCGCUGAGAAGUCCUACAGCUGUGCCGACUGCGGCAAGAGCUUCACCCAGAAGAGCUUCAGCCGCAGGGACACUCUCAUUGGUCACCGCCGCACCCACACUGGUGAGAAGUCUUACACCUGUGCUGACUAUGGGAAGAGCUUCACCCAGACGGUAACCCUCAACAAGCACCGCUGCACCCACACCAGAGAGCAGCCUGCACUGUAG